AACACUUUUAGUCACGUCAUAUUUUACUCCUACCAAAAGUUAUUUUCUGUUGAGAUACUUGUACUUUGAGUCAAGUAUCGCUUGCAGGUACUAUACUUUAUACAAGACUGCUCACAGGUGAGAGUAGGAGGGAGUCGGGGGGCACUAACAUUGGUUGACCGCCAGGGGGAGGUUGGAAAGGGGCUUUGUUCCCAACCCACCUGUACCUGAACGAAGGAGUGCAACUCGUCGUCCUCGUCCGACUCGAGGGCUACUUCCCCGUUUUCCUCCAGUAACAGCGGUAGCAGCAUUAGCGGCGGCCUCCCGGCGCCCAGGUAGACGUCAGCCAAGGCGGCGGGGAGCUGACUGAGCGAGUGGAGCAGCGCGCCGAGCAUGGAGCCGAUUACGGCCUGGAGCGAGGAGACGGUGUGCCAGUGGCUCCAAGGUCUGGACGCCCCCUUGGGUCGGUAUGCCUUGUCGGAGUGGCAUCUCUCCGGCAUGGAUCUGCUCCAGUUGACUUCGGAGGACCUGGAGAGGCUGGGAGUGUCCAAGAUCGGCCACCAGGAGCUGAUCCUCGAGGCCGUGGAGAACCUGUGCUCCUUGUCAUAUGGUGACACUGGGGAGAACCUGCAGGGCCUGACGGCAAAGUUGCGAAGCGUGGCCCACAACUUGCAGAUGGGCAUCCAGGGCCGCUGGCGCCAGAACAACUACGACGGGCAGAGUGCCACCAAGUUGUCCACCAGUGUGCUUCACGCAGUGGUGGAGCUCAUCGCCACUGCCAAAGGACUCUUCUCCUUACUGAAAAGGUAUCAGCUCUCCCAGCUGAGCGAACGUUCGACCAGCAAGAAAAUCUUCAGCCAGUGCAAAGAACUGGGGGCAAUUGUACAAAAGAAACGUACAAGUGUCUACGAGAAGGAGAAGGACAUCAUCUCUGUGUGCCGUCAAUUGGUGGUAGUGUGCGACGAGAUCCUGACCUGCAGCCCAGAGGCUCUACUCACCAACACCACGCAGCUGGAGAGCGUUGACCUGGUGCCCGCUUCACCAGGAGAUCAGCUGGGCAUUGAGAUAACAUCCAUUGGCUCCAGUAACCACUACGUGACCGGAACGGCAGCAGAGCCUUCAAAUGAUGUUGCAAAGAUCUUAGCUGGAGAUGAAGUGAUCAAAGUCAACAACCAGAUUGUGGUGGGCUGGAGCAGGGCUAACCUCGUGAAGAAGUUACGGGAGAAUCCCAGCGGCGUCACUCUGGUCCUAAAAAGGUCUUCCGGCUCGCUGUGUCGCAGAAGUCCGGGCCAGCACUUCUUCUCUUUGCAGGAGGAGGACUACUACAAAGAGGAGAGUUCGGAAGAAGAGGGGGAAGAGGACAAUUCGAGGCACUCCAUAUUUGAGAGGGUAGCAGCUUCUGUCCGGUCACUGUCUUUCAGGAGAGCCGUUCAAGGGCCAGAGGUGAUUGAAGAGCCUAUGGGACAGGAGGAGUCAGAGCUGUCUGUCGACAAGGAGCUCGAAGGCAGGCUCACUCCGCAAGGCGCUGCAUCGUCACUGUCAGUCUCAGGACAGUUUGAAAGUUUGGCUGGUUCGAGACUUUCCCCGGGCCUCACCCGGAGAAGAGACACGACGUCGUCACCAAGAAGCGUUUCACCCUUCGAAUUCUAUAGAGGUUCUUCACUGCAGGCAUUUAACCAGGAGAGAGCAAGUGUCAGUUCCUGUCCUGAAAUGGUGGGCCAUACGGGACACCAAGAGACAAAGAAGAGUUCUACCAAAGGAAUGACGAUGUCCCUCAGUCGACGCCGCGUGUCCUGCCGAGAGCUGGUGCUGCCCGACUGCGACGGCUGGUUGUGGAAGAAGAGGAAGGAGAGCAGCGUCUUCAUUGCCCAGAAGUGGCAACGCUUCUGGUUCGUCCUCAAGGGGCCGUCCCUCUACUGGUACACCAGCCAACAGGAUGAGAAGGCGGAGGGUUUGGUCAACGUUGCCAGUUACAACAUAGAGAGCGCUGGCGAGCACAAGAGGAAAUAUGUUUUCAAAAUGUGCCAUCAGCGAUUUCAAAACUUCUUCUUCGCAGCCGAUAAUGUCAGCGACAUGAGCAAGUGGAUUAACUGCCUCAUCACAGCCAUUCAGAAGCACAAAAAGCUGAGCCCAGGCCCAGACAGUGAAGAAGAGUGUUACAGUGAGACAGAAUCGGAGAAUGAGGGCUCCCCUUCACCCCGCAGGAGAAAUAAGAAAGUGCAGUCCAGCACCUUGCCUCGCCCCAAGCGCAUGACCAAUAUUAAGGUGGCUUUGCCAAGUCCUUCAACAGGGGGCAGCAAAGUCAUCCCAGAAGACGAGAUGGGCAAGAUGUUGAACAACAUCAAGGAAGGAGGCGUGUCCCUGAUGGGCCACGAGCAACCGUUUACGCACGACCACUUCAGGAGGUCGUUCAUCCGGCGCAACAAGAACCCCAUCAUCAACGAGAAAGUGCACACGCUCCGCGCCCUACAGAGCACCCUGAAGGCCAAAGAAGCUGAAUUACAGCAGAUCAACAAAAUUCUAGAAGGUUCCGCAGUGACGGCCUCAAAGUACCGCCAGUGGAAGAAGCAGAACGAAGAACUCGUUCAGGAAAUCGAGAGACUGGCCUCUCUUAGGCCCUCUAAAGUCGGAGACGCCGACACCGCCGCUGCCGACGUUGCGGCGCGAGACACGCCUGCCGACGAGGUUGCCUUGGAAACUGUCACCAUGGAAACAAGCGCUGCGGAGACAAAAGGCGCAUUCAGCCUGAACCUCAGCGACGGCGAGCAGCUGGUGGACGCCGAGACCUCAGAUGUUCUCCUGGAGCUCUCUCAGGGCUCUCCGGUGGAAGAGACCAGCAGUCCCGGCUUGGAACUCUCGCUAGGCUCUCUGCAGGAAUCCAUCAACAAGCAGCUGAGCGAGAUGAGGGAGAGCGGAGAAACGGCCGACACUUAUUUCUACAUUUAAACACAUCUCCUGUAGUGUGUGUCACUACAGAGAGAAACAGAAGGACCUUUGUCGGUUUUGAAACAGGCAAGAAAGAUUUACUUCAAAGCCCUUUUUACACUGUCUUGAAUAGCUACCAUUCAUCUGUGUUGUUGUAUAAAUGACACAGAAUCGCGGGGACGAAGUCAACCCAGAGGUAUCAGAGCCAUAAGGCUACGUUUACACUAUGUUACCGGCGCCCACGGCAGCCCCGUUGCACAAAACGAUAUGGUAGUGAGACAAUGCGGCCUGGAUGGGACAAGAAAAUGUGAAAGGCCAUGAUUGCCGUGGAUGCCUGCGAGAUCUUUAAAUUGUUAAAACAUUGGCCACGGCAGUCACAGUGCGGAUGAGAAACCUCUCGUCGGCCACAGUAAAAUGUGGUGCGCGCAACUAAACCUGACAUUACGUAAUAGUGCACAACACAACUUGGCGGCGGGUUAGAUGGGAAGCAUAUGUAUUGGUAUCUAAUUCACUUCACCUACAACUCUUCUAAAGCCAUGUGUUUAAUUUACCCACAAUGCCUGCCGUGGCAUACCUGUUUACAAGCAAACUGACAGGCCGUGAUUGCUGUGGAUGCUUGGGGAGAUUUUUAAAUUGUGACAGGCCCAGAGUCAAAGGUGCCAAAAGUACUCACACUCACACUGUACAUAAGUAUUAAGUACAAGUACUUGUGUAAAAGUAAAGAAGUCCAGAAAUUUUGACCUACAAGAGUAAAAACUAUUUUUUACUGCACACAUCCAUCCAUCUUCAACACAGCUUAUCCUGGUUGCUUAUCCCGCCUGUGUGACGUUUGCAUGUUCUCCCCGUGCCUGCGUGGGUUUUUUCCGGGUACUCCGGUUCCCUCCCACAUCCCAAAAACAUGCGUGUUAGGUUGAUUGAAGACUGUAAAUUGCCCGAAGGUGUGAAUGUGAGUGUGAAUGGUUGUUUGUUUAUAUGUGCCCUGCGAUUGGCUGGCGACCAGUUCAGGGUGUACCCCGCCUCUUGCCCAAAGAUAGCUGGGAUAGGCUCCAAGCACGCCCGCGACCCUAGUGAGGAGAAGCGAUACAGAAAAUGGAUGGAAUCAUUUUGAUGAGUUUGCACACUGGGGAAACAAAACCUCUGUACACUAAAUAGUCUCCUUUUAUUAACUCAGGCUUUUACGCUAUCAAAAUCUAAUUAACUCAAAUGUGGGUUUUAGGGCCAAGGAACACAACUGACAAAAGUUGUACUAUAACCGAUACAUAUAUAUAUGUAU